GGGAGAGAGGGAGGUAUGAAUUCUUAUUUCGCAAACCCGUCGCUCUCAUGCCAUUUAGCUGGUGGUCAAGAGGUUUUACCAAACGUGGCCCUAAACUCAACUACCUAUGACCCAGUUAGACACUUCUCCUCCUACGGUAACGCUGUAGCCCAAAACCGGAUAUAUUCCUCGCCUUUCUAUUCUCCCCAAGACAACGUUGUAUUCGGCUCGACCAGGGGACCGUACGAGUAUGGAUCCAACGUGUUUUACCAAGACAAGGACGUGCUACCCAGCUGUAGGCAGAGCAGUUUGGGACAAGGUUCACAAAGCUCGCUCGCGCAGGAUUACCCGUCUGAUCAAGGCAGGAACGGCUCACAGGAACAAAAGGGGAACAUUCAGAUCUACCCGUGGAUGCAACGGAUGAACUCUCAUAGCGGAGUUGGAUACGGUUCUGACAGGCGAAGAGGACGCCAAAUUUACUCCCGAUACCAAACUCUAGAACUCGAAAAGGAAUUCCAUUUCAACCGCUACUUGACAAGACGCAGACGUAUCGAAAUCGCCAAUGCACUAUGUCUCUCGGAACGUCAGAUAAAAAUCUGGUUCCAGAAUCGCCGGAUGAAAUGGAAAAAGGAAAGCAAUCUAACGUCCACUCUCGCCGAAAAUGGUUCGGCAGGGGCAAGUCAAGACACAGGAAAAGAGGACACAGAAGAGGCGACAGAAGAGAAGAAAGAAUGAACGACUUCAUAUCCUAGCCUACUAUAUGCAUCAAUCCGCCGUGAUGUGAGAAUAACUUAACUACCUAGCAAGUACCUAUCAACUAUUUUUUAGCACAAUAAAAAACACUAGUGUAUUCAAAGAUAUGGCUGAGUUAAAUGCAAUGUGGAUGCAAGAUAUCUUCAGACGUCAAUGUUUGCCUUUUUUAAAAUUGUGUAUGGAUAUGAACUUUUCACGGUGAAUUUCUUUCCUUUACUUUUGACAUUCCCUCAUAUAGCCUACACAGACUGUGUGUAACGCGAAGACGUUCAUUAUUGUAUUUUCAUAAAUGUUGUUUGACAACGAUGCAAAACACAUGGUUCUCAGAUGUCUGUACACCUAUGACGAAUAUGUUUUUCCAAAAAUAAUUGUCAAAAGAAUAUGUGAAUUAAACUACAAGCGUUACAUCCACUUGUGUAACUUAUUGAUGUUUUUUUGGUUUUGCUGUUCUGUUGUACGAAGAAACUAUUCUGAAUAAUAACGACCCACACUACCUAAAUCGUUUAUGCGUUUGUAUAUAUAUAGAUAUGUGUGUGUGUGUGUAUCUGUUAUACACGCCUUAGCCCUGUGAGAGCAUUUGUGUGCAACCCGCAACUUUUUUUUGUAGUAAGUAGGCCUACUUUAUUUAUGUUUAGAUAUGUACCAGUAGCCUACAUUGAGUAUGUGGUCAAAUAAUAACUGACCGAUGUAGCUUAGAUUGUAGCGUUAGAUGAAAAUCUAAAAUUAAACAAUAACAGUGAUGUAUGACAUUUACGUCAAGUCAUAUUUAAUAAAAAUGUUAAUAAAAAAGUUGUCCAUGUCUUUGCGCCCACCAUACCAAGUUAGUCUCGUUCUCAAACAGCAGCAUUAUAGCCCUCCAGGUUAAAUGUGUACACAUGUCAUUGUUCAAGUUUUUAUUCGUCAUAUAAUAGACCUAAAGCCAGCAACCCUUUAAUGUUUUUUUGCCUUUCCUUUUUUUAAUUCAAAGCUUUGUCACUUAAAAUAAAUGAAUGUUCUGUGGCUCUCUGA